AUGCCCACCCCUCCAGACCUCGUCCUCCGGGACGCAGCUCCCACCGACAUUGACGCCAUCACGCGCAUCGUCGCCAGCGGGCCCGACGCCGCCGCCGACUGGACGUUCCCGGGCCUGCGGCAGCGCGCGGAAGAGGCCCGCCCGCUGCACGUGCGUGCUUUCACGAGAGUCUUCAAGAACCGCCAGAACCUGCUGCGCGUGGCGGAGCGGGAGGGCAAAGUUGUCGGGUACUGUGCGUGGGUGAAGAGGCAGCUGCUUGGCGAGGAAGUCGUCGCUGUAGACUUGACUGACGGUUAUGACGAACAAGCCCUCGACGCUGAAUCCCUCCGCCUUAGCGGCUCCGACCCUCUGCCCAAAUUCACAACGCUCAUGCCCUCGCACCCAACGCGCUCUCCCGCCAUCGCCCUGCUCCGCGCCAACCAAUCCCCGGAGCCUUGCCUCUCCCUGCCAAGCUACCAGCUGCUCGUUCUCGGCGUCUCCGAGCCGCUGCAGGGCCAGGGCAUCGGCGGCGCGCUUAUCCGCGAGGGACUGGCCCUCGGCGCCCAGCACUCUCUCCCCGUCUUCGUCACCGGCGAGGGCCGCGGGAUGCGCGUGUACCGCCACCUGGGCUUCCAGGUGCUCGAGGGGACGUGGCAUGGCUUUGACGCGGACGGGAAGCAGACGGAGCGGGAAGAGGACGCGAGAGAGGAACAGGGAGGGCUGGAUGCGGCGCAGAUGGUGGCUGAGGAAUAA